UUUUAAACAAAUCGAAUACUCGUAUACGUCAGCGGCUACUAAGCCUCCAUAAUGUCCCUGGCAGUGCAUUUGCACAUACACUUGCACCAUUGCUCUCCGAACGAACUAUCAUCGGAUGAUUCGUCAAACGUCACAAUGCACGACGUCGUCGGUGAUGAUUCUCAUUUUGUAGCUCGUCCGACCUAUAAAUUGUCGACGGUAAUAUUCGCGCUCGUCAGCGACCACAUUAACAGUAGCGAUACCGAGGCCGAGCAGAACACACCUACACAGAAGAUGUAUCGUGCACCGGCUCUGCUCUCAGCUCUGAUUCUCACCCUUGCGCUCAUCGCGAACUUCCUGACAACGGCCGAGGGCGCCUGCUUCCUCGAGCGCGGCGUCACGACCCCAGGCGAGCACGACGUCUACACCUGUCUGCGUAGCAAGGAGCUCAAGAAGGACCUGGACCGUCUGUCCCUCGACAGCACCAAACUCGUAAACGUCGUAUUCAGGGAGGGCAAACUGAUCAAGAUCGAGAGGGAGACGUUUCAGAAGCUCGGCACCAAGGCCCUCGGCAUUAGCGUCGUGCAGUGUGGCGUCACGGACGUCGAUGAAGACGCUUUUCGUGGAUUACUGGAGCUCAAGGCCCUCGUUCUCCGCAGGAAUCGCAUUGCCGAGGUGAAAAAGGCCUGGUUCAAGGAUAUUAGCAAAUUAGAGAGCCUCGAUCUCAGCGGCAACCUCAUUCGGCAAUUCGAUGCGACGAUUUUCGAUCUCACGCCGUUAAUUCAAGAGUUUGAAAUCUCGGAAAAUCAAUUGACUCGCUUCGACGUGGAAGCUAUGAAGAGCAAGUGGCCGAAACUCAAAAAGGUUGGCCUUCAAUCGAACCCGUACGAAUGGGCCGAGGGUGUCAAGAUCGUUGAAUACACAAAUUUGCAUCCAAGCAUCGUCAAGAACUCGUACGCUGCGAUUGACGGAAUUCGAGAUACUUACAAAGUCAUCAAGGAAUGCCAACACAUUAUCGCAAAGAAGGAUGACGCUAAGGAGUUGGAUGACUGCGUGCAGACAAAGCUCGUAAAGGCCAUCGAAUUACCGAAGCUUCUCGAGGGUGAAAGCUCCGCUGAGCCAGUAAAACCCACGCAAUGACACAUAAGAUUCAAUCAUUAUAUAAUAAUUUUAAGCGAGCGUCUGAUAAAUAUACAAAUAUUGUAGACGACG